CGCGCCCUUCGUCCGCCGCCUGUGGGCCGGCGGCUCCGUCACCUUCGCCGACGGCUGGGAGGAGCGCCUGCGCCUGGACGGCCGGCGCGCCGUCUGCGUCGAGUCCGUCGAGCCGCCGCUGCUCCGGGCCGGCGGCGCCCCCGACGCCGACGUCCCGGGCCUGCAGGGCUCCUCCGAAAAGGUCCUCGUCGACGUGGUCAGGCGGUACGGCCCCGUCGAGUACCACGGCGGCGGCAGCAGCGACGGCACGGCGCGCGGCAAGGCCGAGGCGCAGGCGCAAAUGCAGGGCGAGGCCGCCGACGAGAGGGCCGUUGCCGUCGUGCGGGCCCGCCCGGACGUCGAGGAGGUGAGAAGGCUGGUGUUCCUGAGGGAGAGCGACGGCGCGCUGGCGGAUCGGCCGAGGAAGGUCGUGAGAUCACCCUUCAAGGCCGACUCGAGCUUCACCAUCACCCCUGACGCGAGGCUCCUCUUCCACUUCAGCGCCCUGACCUUCAACGCCCACGCCAUCCACAUCGACCCGCUGUACGCGCGCGAACAGGAGGGCCACGCGGGGAUCCUGGUGCACGGCCCGCUGACCCUCUCACUCAUGCUAGCGCUGGUGCGGUCGCGGCUGGGCGAGGUCGUCGCCGAGGCCGAGGCCGAGGACGGGACAGGGGCAGCGGCUGCAACAGCAGCUGACCAGGGCUGGCACCUGCUCAACCUGGACUACAGGAACGUAGCGCCGCUGUACGCCGGGGAGGCGAUGAAGGUGUGCCUGAAGCUGAGCGCCAACGAGAGCGACGCCAGCAAGAAGAAGUGGCACGUCUGGGUCGAGGGCCCCGAGGGCGGCUUGGCCGUCAAGGGGACGGCCAUCGCCAUGAGGCCUAUCUAUCGCAAGACGACGCGCAAGUCUUGGGCAUGAGGUGCCCAAGUGGGUAAUCCGAUGGCAUUUUAUUCCCCCAAUGUAUGUAUGUAUUUAUAGAGCUUGAGCUUUUGUUGGAUGUAAAUCAUCUCCGUCCCGUGGCAGGUGUGAAUGUGCCAGCCCGUCUAUGGAUGGGUAUCACCUAUGUUCCAACAUCGUGUAGACUUAUGUACAACAAUAUAAUACUAAG